AUGGCGCUUUUACAUCACGAAAAGGAGAGCAGAUACGCUACACUGGAGGAUGAUGAGGUCAUGUCCAUUGACCUUGAGAACGAUAAUGAUCACGACUCCGACACUACACUCGCCUCGGAUGGAUUUCUCAGCAGCAAACAGCCCACGUUUCGGGAGUCAAGAUACGAACACAAUUCAAGAUUAUCGACGGUGUUGACGUGGAUACGAUGGGGUGUUGUUGUGUUCUUCCAGGGGAUCAUCAUUAUGUUGUUGCUACCCACCAGUGGAGUUCUGAGUGAUGGCUGGGCUGGUCUAGGAACGGGGACUGGCUGGACGCAAGACAAAACCGAGACUGGUGGUGAUGUUAAUGGCUUGUAUAUUCCGACGAGCCACAAGUGGACUUUACUCACACCGGAUGAGGAGAUGUUCGUACCGAAUAUGACAAGCAACGACAACCGGAUGGAAGUGAGAAAGAACUGGGACAUGCUGAUGCCUCUCGGAAGCGGAAGCGUCUCAAUUCCAGACUGGGAGCAACACCCUAUGCUCGGGAAACCCAUCGCCACCGACCCCCUACGCUCCGGACCUAUCUUCGAAGCUUCCUGGACACACGCAUUACACUGCCUAUACUACACCGUAGACACCUACCACCAGCUUGUCGUAAACAACAAGUUCGGGUUCGACGGGGAACGAAAUGACUACCACGCAGCCCAUUGUUUCGAGUAUCUGAGAAACCAAAUUAUGUGUAUGUCAGACAUGACACUUGAAGGAUCGGAAUCAGUACUCGAUGCCACGGGCAAUGGACAGGCACAUAUGUGUCGGAAUAGAGAGGAGGCGAUCAAGUGGAUUGAGGAUAGGAGGGUAGAUGAUAUUCAGAGUAUUGUUGGACCUGAUCCACCGAAGGCUUCUAAUUCCACGGAGACGCCGGAUGAGGUGUCCGCUGAUUCAUAA